AUGACGUCCAAUGAAAGUACAAAAGAUUCGAAGUCAAGUUCAACCCUCGAAAAUGCAUUAGUGGAAACAUCAUUCGGAAAGUUCAAUUAUUUACUGAUAGUUUUAUGUGGUGCAAUUUUAGCUUGUGUUUAUCUUGAAACUGUCAGCAUUAAUUUUGUUCUACCAGUAGCGCAAUGUGAUCUUAAUUUGACAAAUUCCAAUAAAGGAAUUCUGAGUGCUGUUGGUUUUAUCGGUAUAAUUAUUUCGUCUCACCUUUGGGGCUUUCUCGCUGACACCAGAGGAAGAAAGUUCGUUAUUGUGCCAACAUUGUUUAUUGCCUUUUUGAUAACAGUUGUGUCAAGUUUCGCAAAGUCAUUCUGGUUUAUGGUGUUUUUAAGAUUUUUAAAUGGCUUUUUCAUAUCAGGACCUUCAGCGACUAUUUAUGCCUUCCUUGGGGAGUUUCAUUCAGCUAAAGACAGAUCUCGAGUGCUGAUAAUUGCCUCGGUAAUGUUUGGAACAUUUUGUUUGUUCAAUCCACUUUUUGCGUAUCUUUUCCUCAAUCAAGAGUGGAGCUUCAAUGUUGAGUUUUUAAAUUUAGAAUACAAACCAUGGAGACUGUUUUUGAUAAUGGUUGGACUUCCUAAUUUAAUUUGUGGUUUGACGAUGCUGAUGUUUAUUCCUGAGUCUCCAAAGUUUACUUUUUCUCAAAACAAUGAAGAGAAGACUUUGAAAAUCUUGAAGGAAGUUUAUAGACGAAACACUGGAAAUCACGAAAACACUUUUCCAACGAAAUUCUUAAUAAAAGAAGCAGAAGAUGAGAAUGGUGAAAGAUGUGAAGGAUUUUUCAAGUUUAUGUGGUCUCAAACUGUCCCACUUUUCAAGCCACCACAUCUCAGAAACACUUUGACAGCGUGUUUCAUUCAAUUCUGUAUUUUCAAUUGCAGCAACGGAUUUUGGACAUUUUUCCCUGAAAUUGUAAAUAAAAUUACAAAAUGGAUGAAAAACAAUUCCCCAGGAUCGUCUGCAAAUGUUUGUGAAAUUCUCGAUGAUUUCAAAAUGUCUUCAAAUGUCAGUUUAAGUCAAGAAAUUGCUACAAAUUGUCAUGUCAAGUUGGAGUUCAGCACGUUUCAAAAUGCGGUCAUUCUCUUGUGCUUGUACAUUUUCUUAUGGAUGUUCAUCUCACUUAUCAUCAAUCGAGUUGGAAAACUUGCCAUAAUUAUGACAAUUUUAAUUGUUUGUGGCUCAAGUGCAUUCUCAUUAACCUUCGUUAAUAUUCCAAAUAUUUUAAGCUACCUUUACGUGAUAAUCUUAGCAGAUGGAAUUGCAAUAUCAGUCGUGAAUGCUUCAACAAUUGAACUUUAUCCAACGAAGUUAAGAGCUAUGGCUGUUUGUAUUUCACUCAUGAUUGGACGUUUAGGAGCCGUCGUGGGAUCAAACAUCGUAGGAUUAUUAAUAGCAAAUUAUUGUAAAUAUAUUUUCUUAAUGCCAGCAAUUCUUCUUACUACAAUGCGCAUAAAAAUGAUCAGUAAAAUGAAUAUAAAUAGUGAUAUAUACAGAUUGGAUAAUCUACCAAUCGAAAUAUUGAUGAAUAUAUUUUCGUACGUUCCUGAUAAAUGGAAUUUAAGUCAAGUUUGUCGGUAUUUCUACGAAAUCAUUUGCAAGGUUGAAAGAAAAUCUCAUAAACUUAAUAUAAGUGAUGAGAAAAUGCUUCUAGAUAAGGCAACAUUUCAAUCAAUCAUGAAUUCGCAACGUCAACUUCUUGGUAUAAAAAUUAACAUCACAACCAAAAUGACGAAGUUAUGUUGGGAUCGAUUAGAUAAAAUUUUAAUUUUCUUAAACCUUAAGAGUAUUUCAAUAAUCAGUUGUGAUCCAAGAAUUGAAACUCAUCAGAUGCUCUGUGAAAUACUUUUGAAUACGCAAGCUGUGAAUGUUCUUUUAGAAUUGAGUCUAACAAGUGUAAACAUCGAAUACAUCCGGAAAUUCAUGAUAAGGCAGAGUGAAAUUAAAUAUUUAUCAAUAACAGGCGCUGUUGGUGAUUCAUCAAUAAUUAACAAAUUGAAUUUAUCUUGUCUUAAAUUAAUUGGUCCAAAGAGUAAUGAUUUGGCAACCAUCAUAUCGCAACAACCUAAUUUAGUGAAUUUAAAGCUUACAAUCGACACAGAAUCAACUUAUGAUGACGAAGUCUUCAACAGAAUCGUUCAGUUGACAAAGCUCGAAGCUUUGGACAUCCCAUUAAACGACAAAUUAACUCCAGCAAUUAUUUUAAAUCUGGAAAAGUUGAGAAAUUUACAUAAACUUAAUGAAAUUGUUAUCGACUCGAAAAGUAUGGAAUCGACAACAAAAGUUAUGAGAGUGUUUAAAAAUCACGGCCCUAACUUGAAGUUUGUUAUGCUGCAGAACUUCAAACUUCAAACAAGCAUAGAAAGUCUUAAAACCUUUUUUGAAGAUGAGCUUAGAUUGUUUGGCAGAGAAGAGUUGUUGAUCAUGAAUCCAGAAAAAAAUCAAAAUGAAAGUGAAUCUCAUUGCACACUCGAAAGUGCUUUAGGAAAAACGGGAUUUGGAAAGUUUAAUUAUUUUUUCAUUCUUCUUACUGGCAUGAUUCUCGGUAGUGUUUUCCUGGAAACUGUCAGCAUAAAUUUCAUCUUACCUGUCGCUCAAUGUGAUUUAAAUUUAUCAAAUCAAGAUAAAGGAAUUCUCAGUGGAAUUGGAUUCAUUGGGAUAAUUGUUUCAUCACAUCUUUGGGGAUUUCUCGCAGACACAAGAGGAAGAAAAACUGUUAUCGUACCAACUUUAUUCGGAGCUUUUGUGAUAACAAUUAUCUCAAGUUUCGUCAAGUCAUUUUGGUUGCUUGUUGCUUUAAGAUUCGUUAAUGGAUUUCUAGUUUCAGGACCAUCUGCAACAGUUUUUGCUUAUUUAGGAGAAUUUCAUUCAGAACGUUAUCGAUCAAAAGUUAUGAUGUUGGCUUCAGCAACUUAUGGCUUGACUUGCUAUUGGAAUCCAAUCUUUGCUUCAAUAAUCAUCAAUCGUGAUUGGACAUUCUACAUUGCACCUUUAGACUUAGUAUUUAAGCCAUGGAGAUUAUUCAUGAUUGUUUGUGGAAUACCAAACAUCAUUUGCAGUCUCAUCACACUCUUCUUCAUGCCAGAAUCACCAAAAUUCACAUUUUCAAAUGGCGAUGAAGAGAAAACUUUAAAAACUCUUCAAAGCAUAUACAGUCGAAAUACUGGAAAUCCAAAGGAAAGCUUUCAAGUGAAAUCUCUUGUAAGAGAUGCAGAAUAUGAAGAAAAUUCUGCAAAGAAGUUUAAUAAUUUCUUACACUUUAUGUGGUCACAAACAGCUCCUUUGUUUAAACAUCCACAUCUUAGAAACACGCUCACAGUCUGCUUCAUGCAAUUCUGCAUUUAUAACUGCAGUAAUGGAUUUUGGACAUUUUUCCCUGAAAUUACAAAUAGAAUCUCACUUUGGCAUAGCAGCGAUCCAACAGACACUUCAGCAACAAUCUGUGAAGUUCUUGAAGUGACAAAAGUUGUCGAGUAUCAAAAUCAAAGUUUAAUAAGCUUGGAAGAAAAUUGUGUAACAAAAUUAGAGUCGUCAGCAUAUGGAAAUGUUUUCAUUCUUAACACGAUUUACACAGUUGGUUGGUAUUUGUUGUCAACAAUCAUCAAUUGUGCUGGAAAGCUUAUCAUUAUAACCACGCUUUUGUUCACAUGCAGUGGUGUUGCAAUUGCGUUGAUGUUUGUAAAUAUUCCAACGGUUUCGAGUUAUCUUUAUAUAAUUUUAUUGACCGAUGGACUUGCAUUAACUGUUGUCAAUGCUUCAAUUGUCGAACUUUUCCCCACCAAGUUCAGAGCAAUGGCAUUGUGUCUUGCAUUGAUGUGUGGUCGACUUGGCAGUGUCAUCGGCUCAAAUGUUAUCGGAUUGUUGCUUGAUGAAUAUUGCAAAUAUACAUUCCUGAUGCCCGCAAUACUCUUAGCCUCAAGUGGACUCCUUUCAUUUACAAUCCCAAACAUCUCAAAAAGAAUUAAAUGAAUCAAUCUGUAAAAAGCAAAUUUAAAAUUGAAUAAAGAUAAGAAAUUUUGGGAGAAUCUUGUCACUCUCAAAGACGAGAA